CCAGGCUAUCAGAGUCUACUGACCGUGUCUUUCAAACCCGAGCUUGCUAACACUGGCUUUCUCGCUUUCUCAGAGAUUUUUUAGCACUAUUACUGUCUAUUUUGGCACGUUCCCAAAAACCGAUACAUCAUUUUGACAAUGCUGGGUCCUUCCACUUCAAGUGAGCGUUCUACUGUCAACAGCGGUGGCCAGCACCUUCAGCAAGACCACACUGGUGCUACCUCUGUUCGUACUGAGUACGACGUUACUGCCACUGCUGCUGCUGCUGUUCUGGCAUCAGGCUACGGCGUGCUGUUGGACGAUGCUGCCUCGCAGUUCCACCAACACCAACACAACAACUACGCUGCUGGCGCUGCUGCUGCCGCCGCGGAGAUUCAGCACAGACAUGAGCUUCAGAGAAGACAACAGCAGUUGCAACAACAGGAGCUCCACCAGCAACAGCAGGAGCUCCAUCAACAACAAUUGCAACAACAACACUACCAACAAUUACAGCAACAACAGCAACAACACCAUCAUCAACAACAGCAACACCACCACCAGUUGCAACAACAACAGCACCACCACCAAUUGCAGCACCACCAACAGCCUCCAAAUCAACACCAGUUGCAUCAACACUCCUCGUUAGGUCCAUCGGGUGCUGACGACUACGACCAGGGUAUUCUCACGUCGAAGUACAUCGAGAACGAGAUCAUUAAGACGUUUUCGUCCAAGCAGGAUCUCGUUAAGUAUGUCAAGUACCAAUUGAGCAACGAGGAACAGUGUAAGAUUGUCAUUAACUCAUCGAAGCCAAAGGCCGUUUACUUCCAGUGUGAGCGUUCAGGAUCAUUUAGAACUACUGUCAAGGACGCUACCAAAAGACAGAGAGUCGCCUACACGAAGCGUAACAAGUGUGGUUACCGUUUGGUAGCUAACUUGUAUCCACCAGAAAAGGAUAAGAAGAAGAUGAUCAAGAAGGAAGGUUUGGACAGAAACCUCGAUGACAAGUUGGCUGACUACCCCAACCUGUUGGGCCAUGGUGGUCUUCAAGAAGCUUCAGAGAUGUGGAUCUUGAGAAUGAUCAAUCCGGUCCAUAACCAUGCUCCAGAACCUUCCAAUGGCAAGAAGAAGAGACUGAAGUCGUCGAGAACGUUGGUUGAAAAGCCCUUAAACAAGGGAAAUGGAUAUCCGCAAGAAGUGAUGCAAUUGCAACACCACAACGGCCUUCAACACCACCAUAUUCCUCAGCAUCUUCAUGACCAUCAGCACCCAGCUUCAGUUCAAGACACUGCUGUUAUUGCUGCCAUUGAAGCCACUCCAGCUGCUGCUGCUGUCACUGCUUUGCACGCACAGAAUCCACCCGUAGACCCUAAUAUUGAUCCUAAUGUUGAUCCUAGUGUCCAGGCUCACGACCAUUCUCAUGGUAUCAGAGGCAAUGUUCAAUUGCACAACUUGAGAAGAUAAUCCAAUGGAUCAUCUGAUGAAGAUGUAAAAUCGAACAUGUCAAGAUAACCCAGUAGUUAUCUGGAUGUUAGCCAGACCGAGGUGAAAUGAAGACUCUUUGUGAAGAGAAGAAAGAUGUUAUUGUACUUUAGUUUUGUGUGUUGCACUGUUGAGAGACAUUGAGAUGCUUUUUUAUAUUAUUGUUUUACUACUACUACUUCUUCGUUUUUUAUUAUUACUAUUACUUCUAUUCUUGUUAUUGUUCUUUAUGUUUAGUGUAUAUCUAUUGUUUU